AUGGGCAAGAAGACAAAGUCCUCGCCCAAGACCGAGGAAAAGUCCAGCAAGUCUGCUGGCACUCUUCCUUUCGGCGGUGCAUCUCUGGACCCAACACUGUCCUCGCUCUUUGCGCAAAGUGCUGGUCCUGUGCAAGCCCCCACAAUCAAAUACGUCGAGCCCGUCGCUAGGGCGAAAAAGAACGAAGACGAUGAUGCCAAAGACGAGGAAUCGUCCGAGUCAGGUGAUGAAUCAAUGGAGGAUGCUGCCGAAGAGAGUGAUUCUGAAUCUGCAGAGGAAGACGCACAACCUACGGAACCCCAAAAUCGGAAGCGCAAGCGUGGAAAUGCCGGUGAGGAUGUCGAAGAGACCUACAUGCGUCGCAUUGCCAAGGAGGAGGAGAAGGACGAGGAAAAGAGGAAGUCCGAGCAAGCAAAACGCCAAAAGCAAACCGAAAAAGAAGGCAGUGAAGAUGAUGAAGGCGAGGACUCCGACAAAGAAUCGGCCUCAGCAGAUAGCGACGAAGAGGAGAGCGCUCCUGCUCCUGUGCACGAAAGUGUGGCUGGUACAGCCAAAACCGAUGAGCUCGAGAAGUCCAACCGCACUGUCUUCCUGGGCAACGUCUCCUCGGAGGCUAUCAAGUCUAAGACUGCCAAGAAGACCCUUCUCAAGCACCUGGCCUCUUUCUGCUCAACGCUCCCUGAAUCCAGCGGCCCCCACAAGAUUGAGUCCCUCCGCUUCCGUUCUGUUGCAUUUGCUAGCGGUGGUGGUAUCCCCAAGCGUGCUUCUUUUGCUAAGCGUGAGCUUCUCGAUGAGACCACACCUAGCACCAACGCAUAUGCCGUCUACACCACACUUCAAGCUGCGCGCAAGGCCCCCGCCGCUUUGAACGGCACCAUGGUUCUGGACCGCCACUUGCGAGUCGACAGCCUUGCUCACCCCUCAGAAAUCGAUCACAAGCGCUGUGUCUUCGUGGGCAACCUGUCUUUCAUCGACAGUGAGACCCCCGAAGAGGACGAGAAGACCGGUAAGAAGAAGAAGGCUCGUGCCCCCGCCGAUAUCGAGGAGGGUCUCUGGCGAAUUUUCAAUGCCCACACCGGAGGCAAGGACAAGAAGGCCAUCAAGAAGAACGUCGAGUUCGUGCGUGUGAUCCGUGACAGCACCACUCGCGUUGGAAAAGGAUUCGCUUAUGUCCAAUUCUACGAUGGAAAUGGUGUGGAGGAGGCUCUUCCUCUCAACGGAAAGAAUUUCCCUCCGAUGCUGCCCCGCAAGCUGCGUGUCACUCGAGCCCGCAAGGUCGCCAAGAAGCGCGAGUCAUCCGCUCCCGAUGCCAAGAGGUCUCGCGUAGAUGAGGCCCAGAAGACGAUGCAAGGACGUGCCAACAGGCUGCUCGGCCGAGCUGGUGCGGCUAAGGCGAAGGCUGAUGCAAACAGUACCAUUGCGGGCAACUCGAUGGUGUUUGAGGGUCACCGUGCUACUGAGGGAUCGUCGUCUAUCAAGAUGAAGCAAAAGAGCCGUGGCUCGAAGGCCAAGCGAGAAAGCAGGAGCAGCAAGCGCGCUGCUGCAUACAAAGCUGCAUAUGGCAGAAAGGGUUAA